CCAAUCCUAAAUGAGGAGCUAGACAAAAGCAAAUACCCAAAAGAAAAACUAAUUUCCUUACCUAUGAUUACAAUCAAAUCCAGAUUGAAAAACUAGCUUCAUUUCUCAAUAAUAUAUUUAUCCACUUUCUUCUUUUCAUCUUUUUCAUUCUUCAUUCACAGUCCUUAAAAAGAACACAUUAUAAAGAGGUUAAUUAAAGACACUGCUAAAACUAUGGACAUUGAAAUGAUCAAAUGUGAGUGUUGUGGAUUGAAAGAAGAAUGUACUCAAGAUUACAUAGCAGAAGUGAAAGCGAAAUUUGAUGGUAAAUGGUUAUGCGGGUUAUGUGCUGAAGCAGUUAGAGAUGAAGUUACUAGAGAAAACAAGAAAAAGAAGAAGAUACCAUUUGAAGUUGAUGAAGAAGCUAUGAAAGCUCAUAUGUCGUUUUGCCGAAAAUUCAAGUCCAGUCCUGCUAAACGAGUAGCCGAUGGAAUGAGACAAAUUCUUAGAAGAGGAUCAGGGAAUAACUUAACAUCAUCAACUUCAACGUCGACGUCUACGCCCAAGAAGUAUACGAGAUCAGCUAGUACUUCACAAGUUGUUCAUCUAUCCACCACUUCAUUCACUCUUUACUAGAGAAUUGACGGUUGAUUACAAAGAUGCAUAUAUGAUCAUGAGGAGAUUAAGGUCCGAGUUUUUGAAUAAUUAGCUAAUCAAAUUUCAUGGUUGUGGUUUUCUAGUCUUUCUUCUUUGUACAAAAUAUGUUGUGUUUUUCAAUGGAGGUUUCUUCUUGGCUUUUCAUUUCAAUAUUCUCAACAUUCUUAUUAAUAAUAUCUUGG